AUGGUUCCAAAUGUUAUGUUUGAUCAAAAGGUUCCUGUGCUAACCUACGCAGCAUGCGAAUGGUUCCUCAUAUUCCUCAUGCUCAUCGACGCCCUCCUCUCCUAUCUCCUCGUCUGGUUCGCACGCUACUGCAGAUUGCAGAUGCCAUGUUUCCUCUGCUCCAAGAUCCUCCAUCCUCUGCACUGGAGACUCCUCAUCUGCAGAGACCACAGAACAGAGGUCUCAUCCUACAUGUCGUGUCUAAACCACGACCACAAGCUCGCCGACUGUCGAGGGAUGUGCAACGACUGUCUAUUGUCCUUCACCAAAACGACCGGUCCGAAUCCAGACGUGAACAGACUGCUUCUAGGAAAGCUAGGGUACGAUCUGCUCUCCACAAACCAUUCUACUCACCUCAGGUCAUGUUCCUGUUGCAAUAAACCGUGGAGAGCAAGGCACCAUACGCAGAGAUUGAUUAGGUUAGGCUCUCGCGGAAGAAACUCCACGGCUAGUAGUAACAAACCGAACAUUCCUGCUCCGAGGCAUCAUCAUCAUCAUCUUAGCAGAAGAGGAAGCGGUGCGAGUUUGAAGAAGAUGAGAGAUCAUCAUCUUAGACCAACGGCGGCAACAACAAGUAGUGGUGGCGAGUAUGUUGACGUUGGAAGCCGCAGCGACGUGGGUUACACGGAGCUGAAGGUUCACUCCGGGUCUGAGUCUGACUUCCUGUUUACAGAUGAUGAUGCUUUCCUCCGGAUGACUGACUUCAACUUUGAUCCACCUCCUGAGAGACGUGUUCGCAAGUCUCGAUCUAGGACAUCGUUUGAAGACAAGAAGCGUAAACAGCAUUAUGAUGUGCAAGAGAAGAAGGAUAAGAAGAAGAGUCAAGACAAACCAGCUGUUCCAGAAGGGGAGCAUGCAGCUGUGAUCUUUGAGCUUAUAACAAUGAGUGAAGCUCGUCCAUUCUCCUUGGACUCACCUCAAUUAGAGGACAAUGCAGGAGAAGCAACGACACAAAACGAGAAUGUAACUGAGCCAAGUGGCAACUCAUCUCCUUCUGGUGGAGAUUUCAUGAGUCCUAGAGAAAACUCUGCCUCUCAGGAAAUCCAGGUUAAAGAGCAUGAUGAUGAUGAUUCAGAUGUGGCCAUGGAGCAGAAGGUAUCUGUUGAAGAUGAACCUUCCAAUGAUGAGGAAGAUGGAGACUGCAAGCAUGAUGAUUCCGCAGAGUUUGUUCAAAACAUCAUCUCCGAUUCAGAUGGGAAGAUAGAAGAAUCUGAUGCAGCUACGGAGGUAAAAGUGUAUGAACAUCUGCAGCCUGGUUCUGUUGCAGAUGAUGAGGAAGACGGAGCUGAAAGAGACUGCAAGCCUUCAGCGUCAGAUUCUCAGGCACAUGAACAGUCUAGUGAGGAAGAAAAAGAGGUUAGUGGAAACAAUGCUGCAGAAGAAUACUUCAGUAAUGAAGAAGAAGCAGAUGAGAUCAACGAACAUUCUGAGCCGUCCACAUCAAAACAAGUAUCAGGUUCAGCUGAAGAACAAUCAAGAGAGGAUGACGUGGACAAUGAAGACACUGAACAGUUAACAACAUCAAACAAUGCUACAGAAGAACACUCCGGUAAAGAAGAGCAUGCAGAGACUGAGCCUUUGAUGUCACAUACCGACAAAGAUUCCUCAAAGGAGACAGAGACUCACUCCACUUCAAACGAGCCACCACCGGAACUAAAACACUCUGCUUCAGUGGAGUCCUUCGCAAGCAUCAGCAGCGACAUCGAAGGAGAAAGUCUCGUCGAUCUGUUGAAGCAGCAGCUAGAGUACGACAGGACAUGCCUUAGAGAGCUGAGCAAAGAGCUAGAGGAAGAAAGAAACGCGUCGGCCAUCGCUACGAACGAAGCGAUGGCGAUGAUCACUAGGUUGCAGGAAGAGAAAGCGGCUCUCCAGAUGGAAGCGUUGCAGUACCUGAGGAUGAUGGACGAGCAGGCGGAGCACGACGUGGACGCGCUCGAGAGGGCGAACGAUGUUUUGGCUGACAGGGAGAAGGAGAUACAAGAUCUCGAGAUGGAGUUGGAGUACUAUAGGGUGAAGUAUCCAGACGAGUCGAGAGAAGAGAUCCUGGCCAGCAUGGGAGUUCUUGAGGGUAUAGAGACGAGGGGCAACUCAGAUGCUGAUGAGACUAGUGAGAAAGAGUUGUUACCUUAGAGAAUGAGAUUUUUUUUAAUGCUAGAUAAAACAUUGGAGAGCUUCUGUAUUGUAAUAACAAGGAGAUGUUAGGAGUUAGUUGAAGACAGAAGCUCUUGAGGUUGUGAGAGAGAAGAUGAUUGAUUUGCUUGUAAUUGAAUCAUUUAAUUAUUCCUUUUUGUUUAGUUAUUUAAUGGAGAAACACACUAAUCAUUCCCCCA